AUCAUGUGACAAGGGAGCGAGAAAGUCUGUAAAAACAGAGACGACAAAGCAUACCAACGGUUUCAGUAAUGUUACUGGAAUUUCUGUGAGACACACAAGCAACUGACCUAAUCACCGGAAAAGCAGACAUCUAUUGCAGAUGGAGAUGAUCAGAGAUUCACCAGACUAUAACUGGUUUCGAAGCACAGUGCCCCUGAAAAGAAUUAUUGUUGAUGAUGAUGACAGCAAAGUGUGGUCCUUGUAUGAUGCAGGCCCAAAGAGCAUCAGGUGCCCCAUCAUUUUUUUUCCCCCCGUCAGUGGAACUGCUGAGGUGUUCUUCCAACAAAUGUUGACUCUGACAGGCUGGGGCUACAGAGUCAUAUCUCUUCAGUAUCCCGUGUACUGGGGUCUCAUGGAGUUCUGUGAUGGAUUCAGGAAGCUUCUUGAUCACCUGCAGUUGGAUAAAGUACAUGUUUUCGGUGCAUCCUUGGGUGGCUUCCUGGCCCAGAAGUUUGCAGAGUUCACAUGCAAGUCCCCCAGGGUGCACUCUUUGAUACUGUGUAAUUCGUUCAGUGAUACCGCCAUCUUUAACCAGACGUGGACAGCAAACAGUUUUUGGUUGAUGCCAGCUUUCAUGUUGAAGAAGAUUGUUCUGGGGAACUUCGCUAAAGGACCUGUGGACCCAAAAAUGGCCAGUGCAAUUGAUUUCAUGGUUGAUAGGCUGGAGAGCCUCAGCCAGAGUGAGCUAGCAUCAAGACUAACACUGAACUGUCAGAACUCGUAUGUGGAACCACACAGGAUACACGAUGUUGCUGUGACUAUUAUAGAUGUUUUUGAUCAAAGCGCACUGUCUUUAGAAGCAAAGGAGGAGAUGUAUAAAUUGUUUCCAAAUGCCAGACGAGCUCAUCUGAAAACUGGGGGAAACUUCCCUUAUCUUUGCAGAAGUGCAGAUGUCAAUCUUUACAUCCAGGUUCAUUUGCGUCAGUUCCAUGGGACACGUUAUGCUGCCAUCAACCCAGCGAUGGUGAUUGCUGAGGAACUGAAGGUCCAGGAAUGCCACCUAAAAACUUGCCAAGAAUCUGAUGAGCAAUGACCAACAUUUGGUAGCGCUGCACACAUUUCACUUUUUGAUGGAAAAAAUGAAAUCGAGGACAUUUGCUACAAUGUGGUUUUAUUUUGGGAGCAGGUAAAGUUAAUUCUGGAGUGGCUUUGUAUGUGUACACACACACACACACACAUAUACACUACCGGUCAAAAGUUUUAGAACACUCCAACUGUUCCAAUUAUUUAUUGAAGUUCAAAUCAUUCAAGUCCAAUGACUAGCUUGAAAUGGUACAAAGGUAAGUGAUGAAGUGCCAGAGGUUUAAAAAAAAGAUUACACAAAACUGCAAAAUAAUGUGUAUUUCAGAAUUACUGUACACUAUACAAAAAGGCAUGUUUCACAGACCGUAAAAUUGGUCAACAAUUUAAAGCUGUUCUUCAGAAAUGGAGGUGAUCAACCCUUGGCAACUAAUUCCUACAGGUGUUCCAAGUACUAGAGUUCUUACUACCUCCUCUGUCUGCAUAGAAACAGUGUUCGGAACACACUGUGGUACUUACCCUCUUGAACAUCAGUUAAACAGCAUUGGACUGGAGAAAGUAAUUUGUCGCUACAAAAAUGGCAAGAAAAAUGGGAAUUAACAAUGGAAGAGAGAGAGACCAUCUUAACACUUAAAAAUUGUAGGUUUUUCCUCCAGAGAAAUUGGAGUGUUAUAAAACUUUGGACCUGUGUGUGUGUGUGUGUGUGUGUGUGUGUGUGUGUGUGUGUGUAUGCGUAUUUAUGUGUGUAUAUGUACUGUAUAUACUGUCUAUAUAUUCAGGGUGUCCCAAAAAAAUGUAUACGCUCUUGAAAUAAUUGUGAACUAAGUCUUUGUUAUAAUUUGUUCAAUUUUCAAAGUGUAAUAGAAUUUACAAACAUAAUUUUGUUUUGUCACCUCCUAUUCUCCAACUGACAUCCGUUUUGUUCCAGACAAUGCUGACAACGCAAAGCAAUGGAAUUGCACACAUCACAAAGCAAUUUCCUUGGUAUUUUCUUGCAUUCACGUUCAGUGGCUAUUCUCAAUUCAGCGACUGUUGCAGCUCUCAUAGCGUGGACUUUGUCUUUUAGGUGUCCCAAUAAAGAAAAGGUCUGGUGGUGUGAGAUCUGGUGAACGCGGGGAGUAUUCAACGAAACCCCUCCUUCCAAUCCACGUGUUUGGCAAGAUCUCACAUCUCUCAAGAUCUCAGAUCUCACAUGUAACAAUGUGAUGGCAGCCCCAUUUUGCUGAAAAUAAAAGUCCUCAUCUUCAAAGUCUUCUCUAAUACAGUAUUUGGCAUGACACACUGUUGCAGCAGGUGCAUACAUUUUUUGGGACACCCUGUCUAUAUACACUUCUGAUCAAAAUCUUAAGACCAGUUGAAAAAUUGCUAGAAUUUGCAUUUUGCACAUUUGGAUCUUAAU